AUGCUGAACAUGGUUAGUGCCCUUGACGCAGGUACAGAAGGACAGGGCACCGUUACAACCAGCCCGGAGUCCUCAAAUAUCGUGCGAGAGAACCAGAGCUUGAAGCUCCGCAUCAGACAAUUAGAACUGGCACUCUCCCGCCCAGAACUGGCCAAGCUUGAGACGGCGUCUUCUCCUGUGCCUCCCCCAGACCCGCAAUCGUCAGAUAGAAUCAUGAGUGACUUUCAAACCCAGGCCUUUGGAUUUUCUGUGGAGCCUACCCCAAAAAUUGCCAAUAGCACUCGCCUUCGGGAAAAUAGCGUCAAACUUAUUCUGCCUGCCCGGCGAUGGAGUGAAAGAAUAAUUGACUUCUCCUUGGUGCAGUUGGGCUGGGUGCAUUAUGCCGUUGAUGAUACCACAUUUAGGGAAGAGCAUAAUGCAUUCUGGGAUUCCUUGAUCGAACAUGAGGAAGAAUCUUUAACGAAUCACGGCUGGAUUUCAGUUUAUCUCGGCUUACUAACUGUUGGGGUGUAUUUUAUGAGCGAAGAGCAUUUGCACGGGAUUCAACUACUUUACGAAAACUUCUCUCAUCAAACGCCUUCAACGGUAUCUUCACUGGGAAAGAAUCCCUACGGAUUAGCCCGCACCUGGUAUGAAGCUGCAUUGAGGGAAUUGGAUUUGGCCGACUACACUCGAAACCCUGCGUUGUCUACAGUACAGACAAUUGCAAUCCUGAAUCUCGUGCAGAAAAACAUGGGAGAGUCAACGCGAGAAUAUAUCCUCCAUGGUCUGGCGGUCAAUGUUGCUAGGCUUAUUGGUAUGGAUCAUGCUGGUGAUACGUCGAAUAAGGAAAGGGGGGGGAUGACAAUUUGGUCACGUCCAGUGUCCAUCCACCCUGGUUCAUUCACCACUGUAAUGGGCACUCCUCCCUCCCCUCAUAUCGAAUAUCACAAAUUCAUGGCUCGAAUUGCUACCAUAGCUCGAAAUAACAUCACCCCAGCCAAAGAAUUGAGCCCGGGUGCACUGCAGGCAUGCUUCGAAGAAGUAGACAACGUCUGUGCCUGCUUUCCACCAGCCCCGAACGACUCCACCCAUGACGACCCGCUCUGGAACACCAUCCAGCAUAAUCUAGCCCUUAACUGCGUUGAAUCUUGGCGACUAGCCCUGUAUGUGGCCAUGCUUCCUAAAGUCCUCGAUGAUUCCUCGCCAUCGUCUCACACAGCCCUCGACCCGGGAAUCAUAACCGCGAAACAAAUCCUUCAACGUACAUACACCAAUUCAAACCCUGUCUACCACAAAUUCUGGUCCGUCAAUUCCGCAGUCGUCUCGGCGGGAAUAUUUUUAGCUCUUGAUCUCAUCUGCUUCCAACGACAGCGAUCACCAAUUCAAAUAUCUGAGCAGAAGGAUCUGGUCGCAUUGAGUUUGAGAAUGAUCGAGCAGUCUAUCGCAGAAACACGACACGAUGGAAUUCUCGUUCUCAGGCGUCUGACACAUCUAUACGAGACCGUGCGCCCAGCGUACAUGAGCAGAGUUGACCGUAGUGUGCUAGCGAAAAUUGUCAGACUUGUUGCAUUUCCACGGUUGUGGAAUUCUCUAACAAAUACGGAUGCAAUCAUGCGAUUCCUAUUCCAGGAUGUCCCGGGAGGCGAUCCUGGCUCCUCCUUCUCAUCACCUCCAGGUUCGGAUCUGUAUCCGGCUCAGUCGGGAUUAUGUUUUAGUAGCAUAUCACAGGUGCAGAGUGGGGAGUUUGAUGCUUGGGGACUAUCGGAGCCGAUGGGAGAGGAAGAGAUGGUACCUUAUUUCGGGCAGGUGUUUCCAUCCGCGGAGCUUAUAAAUUUGGCCUUGAUGGGUGAUCUAUGGAAGUGA